AUGGUAGCAGGAGAAAUAAUAAAAGGUGUUGCAGCCGAAAUAACAAACGGUUCAUCAUCAUCAGUUGUUCAAAAAUAUCUUGAUUGUGCAAAUCAAGUAGCACCAGAUCCAGGUAAUACAACAUGGGUUUUACUUUCAACUAUUUUAGUAUUAGGUAUGAUGCCUGCACUCGCAUUCUUUGAAGCAGGUCUCUUAAGAAGUAAAAAUACACUUUCAAUUAUCACACAAAUUAUGUCUGGUAUUGUAGUUUUAACUGUCAUGUGGCAAGCAUUUGGUUAUUCAUUAACUUUUGGCCCAGAUCAAAAAGGUAUUAUUGGUAAUUUAGAUCAUGCAUUUUUAAUUAAUGUUUCAUAUGACGAUUGUUCACCAAAUGCACCAAAUAUUCCAGCAGCAGCUUAUGCAUUCUUUAUGAUGAUGUUUGCAAAUAUUACACCAUUAUUGAUGACUGGUGCAUUCGCAGAAAGAGUUAAAUUCAAAGCAUUCAUCGCACUCACCGUUGCUUGGGAAAUUAUUGUUUUCUAUCCAGUUGCUCAUUGGAUUUGGGGUGGUGGUUGGUUACAUAAAUAUUUUGGUGUUUUAGAUUUUGCUGGUGGUAUUGUUAUUCAUACAAGUGCUGGUGUUAGUGCUUUAGUUAUUGCAUUAUAUGUUGGUAGAAGAAAAGAUUUUGAAAAAUAUGGUGGUGAAUUCCCACCAUCAAAUUUACCAUUAGCAACAAUUGGAGCAGCAUUAUUAUGGAUGGGUUGGUUUGGUUUUAAUGCAGGUAGUGCAUUAGCAGCAGGUAAUAUUGCAACAUCAGCAGUAGCAAGCACACAAAUUGGUGGUAGUUUUUCAGCUAUUGUUUGGAUCAUCCUUUCUGCCGCCAAAGGAAAACCAAAUACUGUAUCGGUUAUCAAUGGUGUUAUUGCAGGUUUAGCAGGUAUCACACCAGCAUCUGGUUAUAUCAAUAGUCAAUAUUCAAUUGGGUUGGGUAUUUGUUUAGGUUUAGCUUCUUACUAUUCCGUUGUAUUAUUAAAACAUAAACUUCACAUCGAUGAUGCUUUAGACGUUAGCUCUGUACAUGGUUUAACUGGUAUUAUUGGUUCAUUGGCAAUUGGUUUCUGUGCUGAACUCUCUGUUAAUCCAAAUGGUGCAAAUGGUGCUUUCUAUGGUAAUCCAAAAUUAAUUGGUACUCAAUUACUCGGUGUCGUUUCUGUCGCUGUUUGGGCUGCCGCUUGGACUUGGGUCCUCUUAAAGAUUAUCGAUGCCACUAUCGGUGUUAAAAUCGAUGAAUCUGAAGAAGAAUUAGGUCUCGAUCUCGUCGAACAUGGUGAAUUCGCUUAUCAUAAUAUCUCACUUCAAGGUAAUGAAAAUCAUUAUUCAUCUGUUAUUAAUAGUCAUGAUUUUUUUAAAUAA